GUUUCGGCUAUCGAGUACUUCACGAUGAAUUCAUGGAUGUUCGCGAUUCAAUGAAUAGUAUUGUAAUGGAGCUGGAGCAGUUGUCCAGGAACAUCGGCGCGUCGAUGGGAAGGGCGCGCAGCGCAGAGAACAAGGAGAAAGCACUGGGGAAACAAUUUGAGCGGAUGCGGCGUUUAGUUGUUGCUUUCUCGAGCUUGGGCCAGCCGGUUUCUAAGAGCCCUGCACGGGCGGGC